CAAAGGUGUUGCCCACAUUUCACGCUAUACCGUUGACAAUGACUCGAGAACAGCGAAUCAUACCUCGCCACGUGUCAUACUGCUCCAUUUCCUACCCUAUCCCAAUACCAGAUUCGCUGCCACCCCUAGAUUUUCUCCUUCAUCAUCUCUUUCAUCUUUCUCCAAAGUUUCAGUCUUUGAUGAAAUUCAAUCAAUGGGUAACGCCCUUAGAUUCCUCUACGCCCAUUGCAGCAAGCCUACUGCAGCUGGUGAUUCUGAAUCCCUUGGACCACAUGGUGUUUCCUCUGCCAACGCUAGUGUUUCAGCACUUGCCCAUGAUCUCUUUCACUUUGACAUCACCUCACAGGUCCCAGAAGGACUGACUAAGCAUGUUGUGUCUUCUAAGAAGGCUCAGGCUAAUUGGUAUAGAAAGUUAAUAAAUGCUUGGAAAGAGGCAAAACCCCCUCCCAAGACCCCUGAAGAAGCAGCUCGCCAUGUCAUUAAGACCUUGAAAAGGCAUCAAAAAGCAGAUGUUGAGGGGUUGUUAGCUUUCUAUGGUCUUCCUCUACCACACACCCUUGUUGAAGUAACUGUCCAACCCCCUUCAUCUUUGCCCGAUGGAGUACUAUAUGAAAUGCACACAUUACCAAUUGAUCCAAAAGCAGUGGCAGAUGGUGAUACUAUAACAGUGUAUGUUAGCACAGCAGACCCCAGGGAAUCAGCAUAUGUCCCUGGCAAUGUACAUUCGGCAGCCGUGCGAAGAUCAGAAGCUCGUGCUCGAAGAAACUUUACAGAAGCAGAUGCAUUUCACCAACAAAUCAUUGAUUCAGGAUAUCGGGUGAUUGCUCUUCAAAAUGAGGAAGUCCUAGCUAAAAAGUAUAGGAUUCGACUAAGGGGAAUUGAUGCGCCAGAAAGUGCAAUGCCAUUUGGAAAGGAAGCCAAAGUUGAACUGACCAAGAUUGUUCAAGGUAAGCCAUUGAGGGUCCUUGUUUAUGGAGAAGAUCGCUAUGGUCGUUGUGUAGGUGAUAUCUAUUGUAAUGGCAUUUUUGUGCAGGAAAUGAUGUUAAAGAAGGGGUUAGCAUGGCACUACAUAGCCUAUGACAAACGACCGGAACUGGGAACAUGGGAAAAACAAGCUAGAGCAAAGAGACUUGGAUUAUGGGUUUCUAAAAAUCCUGAGAAGCCAUGGGAAUGGAGAAAGGACAGACGAGAAGGUGCAUGACAUUGCCUCAAAUUACACAAGCACAAUUACCAGAGUGCUAAAAGAAAAUUGAGCUAAUCGGCAAAUCCAUGGGUAAAACUCACAAAAGUCCUUCAUUCAACAUAAACAUGUGUUAACAAAUUAUAUGAAUAUAGAGGAGCUGUAAACAUCUAUGUUUCUAUUGAAUCCUUGGACCAUGAAGUUAACAAACCAGAUUUCAAGCAUUCAAAACAUUAAGCUUGCACAAAUUGUUUUAGCAACUGGCUAAUCCUUACGGUGUUGAAUAACUUUUUUACAACAAAAAGCUUAAAGAAUAGAUUAUUUUGUGUGUCAAUUUAAUUUUAAAUCAUGUGGAGUUCAAGUU